AUGUUCAAUACAAAAGACAAUCAUCUUUAUUUUAUUACAAUCCUCAACGAUAGCAUUUUAUCUAUUUGGAAUGUUCGACCGGCAUUUGGCUCUAUUUCACUGAUAUUUGAAUUAGAACCAUGGAACUUAAUUGUUAAACCUGGUUCAUUUUUAUGUGUAGUUACUGCUACUAAAAACAUAGAUAUCUCAACCAAUGAAGUUGAUGAAGUACGUCUAACUAAAAUAAAUGCUAUUGAAACAGGUAAAACUUAUGUAUCAUAUUAUUAUGAUCCACCAUAUUCAAAUAUUAAAUCACAAUGGACUGGAGAAAACGCCGGGAUUGCACUAUCCUUUACUGUUACUCACGAUCCUAAAUGGAAUGGAACAACGCCACGACCCAUACUAUCUGCAACAACUGAGACAGUUUCAGAGUUUACUUUUGGAUCAAUUGAUGAAGGUAUUUUUAAUGAAAGUUUACCAUUAAAUUCGAUGAAUGUGUUCAAUUGGGAAGAUGUAUCUGAUCGAGAAGGACAUAUUAUUACUAUCAACAUAAGAUUUUGUUCACUUUUUCGACUAGAAAAUACAUUAGAUGGUCACCUUUGGUUUUUUAUAACUGAUAUAGCUGGAUUUGUGUACAGAAAAUAUUCCGUUAUACCGUCUACUACAUUAUUCACUCAAUCUUUUCCAAUACUUAAGAGAGAUUUUCUUAUAGAACGAGGUCAAUUUUUAUCAGUUGGAAUAUUUUCAAGAGGCUUUAGUGAAAAUAUUACAGUGUGUUUACGAACGACAGGACAUGCUUAUUCGGGCCAACUUGCUGACAGUAUAAACGUAUUCGAAACUAACACAAAAUGGGCAGGAUCAGAAUUCGGUAUUGCCUUUAGUUAUGUUGUCCUUAUUGAUAGUUUUUGA